CUGCAAACGGGCGGGUGCGCCACCCGCAGGGUCGGCAGCCUGGUAGCCUGGUGCCAACCACACAAUUAAACGAACACCGAGACCGCUCGCUUAGAAAAUUUACGUCAAGCUCGUCUCGAGGCCGGGCGAGCCUGCGGCCUGCGAAUGAAAGGUUCUCCUACGUAGCUGAUUGCUGGCCACGUUCCAGUCUCCGGCGCUGGAACCCAUGGGCUACAAAUACACGGGCGGAGUCGCUGCGCCCAUUGGCCUGCAACGGUCUCUUUGCUCCCCUCGCUGCACGUCUGCAACAUGUCUCCCACCAGCCACUUGUCUCUCUUGGCCUGGGCAACCGUCUUGCUGUCCGGCCUGGCCCAGGCUGCUGUCACAACCACCUCGCCGACUACCACUCAACCCGUGGUCUGUAGCGCCGUGACCCCGGGCUGCAAUGGCCCCGCGAGGCAGUAUUGCUCGAGCUACUUGCACCUGAGCGUCAAGACAGUCACCACGACUCUUCCCAACAGCGUCAACACCUACGUGACCGCCACCUCCGGCACAACCCAGAGCUUCCGAAUGGAAUCCUCCUGCCGCGGCCACCCAACCAACGCCCCCGAAAAGCGCGAGCUCGACGACCAGCCGCUGCGAAAAGCCAAACGCCAGCUCCAAGAACCCGCCUGCCUAACCUCGUACCCGCGCGGCAAACCACUCUCCUCAGCCUGCAGCUGCUUCAGCCUGACCGCGUCGACGAAAACCGUCACCAAGCGAGCGGCAAAGGGCACCAUAACGCGCACCGUGCCCAGCUCAACGGAAAUCAUCACCUCCAUCCCGCUGCCCGCCUGCACGGCCAUCGUGUCCGCCGGGCCGGGCGUCGCGUCGGCGAACGCAGCCCCCAGCGCCACCUUCUCCGCCUUCUUCGCUGGAUGCGGCGUGACGGAUAAUCCUAAUGCGCCGGGGAACAACGUUGUCGGCAGCCAGACGAUUAGCUCCGAUUACACGGCCUGCCAAGCGGCGCACCAAUGCGUGAACAAAUUGCCUUCAUCUGCCAACGCCUUCAACAUCUACCAGCUCCGCAACGGCGGCUCGUGGACGUGCGAGUUGUACGGAGGCGAUCAGUCGAACGUGACGUAUUACAACGUGCUCGACGAUGGUGUGCUGGCGUCGUACGGCUUCUACAGGGCUUGAGCUCGGCGCGAGGCUCCACUGUUGUCAGGCCUCGAGU